AUGAAUGCUCAAAGAAGUUUGAUUUUAACAGGGGAUUUAACUGGAGACCUCGAAAAUUUCCCAGUUAUUAAAAAAGAAUGUACUGAAGACUGCAAAAAAAUGAUGAUUGAAAUUGUUGAAAAAACAUUAAGAGAUUUUACUACCAUAGCCACAAAUUACUUUAAAGAUGCUAAAAUUGGAAUAAAAAGAAAGGAUGAAUGUGAUGAAGACGUAGAAAAAGCGAUGAAUGUUAAAAGAAUAAAUGGAAAGGUAGUUCAUUUAAAUAACCAAGAGAAUGAUAACAAAUUAGAAUCUUCAACCAAUAAAUAA